AUGAGGGUCAUUUGCGACUGCUCCAUGCAUGGGGGGAUUGCUCAUCUUGUCACCAAUCAACAGGAGUGGGCCAGACAUCAGGCUCUUAAACGAAGGGAUAUUCUGCGAAAUACCUUCGGUGCGCAUCUUUCGAAUGCGCCACCCCCAGCCCCGAAUCAACAUUCAUCAGAGGAUGACCCAGAUGAUCUCCCGGUGCACUAUGAUGAAGAUGCCCCUUCGCCUGUACCCUCCGCUGAUGAAGACUUACCUUCCCCAGACGCCGACAUAAGUUCUUCACCCGAUAGGAUUGCAGAGGAUAUCUUACCCGUACAUCUGAUGGACGACGAUGAUAUCUAUGAAGAUGCAACUUCGCCUAGGUCACACACCAGUAACGAAUCUCGAGGUUUUCUUUCGGAUUCCAUGAUAAACUCGAGCUCCUCUACACCUAAUAUCCAUUAUGAUCCUGAUGACGUAUUCCUUUCACCAACCCAACCCCCCCAGCCGGGAGGUACAGACGAGAGUCAAGUUCCGCAUUCUUCUCCUGGUUUUGAAUUCAACGACAUCUCAAAUGACCUGAUGGAUAUCGGUAUCGAGGAGCAUGAUUAUCCUUCUGAACUGGAAUCCAUUGAGGAUGUCGCUGAUGUUGAUGAAGCAAACGAGGAUGGGCCUUUUAGUGAUAGUGACAGGUCAGGACCAGUCGGCCAGAUGAGUCGAGGCCUUGUAGAAGUCCAGGAUGACGACACGGCUAUAUUUGAAUCUAGCUCGGAAUCUGAUAUUUUUGAAUCGACUCCUGGAGCUGAGGUAUUACUUGAAGAGGAGGACGACGUUGUUGAAGAGGAAGACGAUACCUUUCUUUUCAAUGACCCUCUCCGCGAUCCACCAACAAAGCAGGAAUUGCUGUCCCUGGCAAUGCAGGAUAUUGCCUUGCAGUACAGAAUUCCCAGGGAUGGUGCAAGCGCCACUUCUGAACUAUUCUCUGCUGCGAACGAUGUAAAGUUACUGGAUUAUCGUACGACAAGAAAAAGAAUCCAGCAGCUGACUGGUAUCAAAGAGAUCCUCUACGACUGUUGCCCAUCCAGUCAUAUAUCCUAUGCGAUGUACCCCGAGUUGGAAGAAUGCAUGAUAUGUCAGCACCCUCGGUGGAAGCCCACUGCAGCUGGCUCGCAAGCCUCCAAAAAAAAGCCCUAUGCAACUCAUGGUUAUAUACCGAUUACGCACCGCCUGCGGCUUCUUUACUCGAACUCGGAGACCGCGCAUUUAAUGACGUCGUACCGCCACAUGGCCGAGCAGGACCGGCAAAGGGGGAAGCGAAGUGAUUAUUGGUCGAGUGAUUUGUUCGAGGAGAAGAAAAUGCACUUUUCUAGGGAUACUGAUAUUGGCCUAUUGUUGAGUACAGAUGGUGUACGGGUGUUCAAAAGCCGAAGAAACUUUAGCAUCUGGCCAAUUCUAUUGAUGAAUUUAAACAUGCCACCCAAGCAGAGGUUUAAGAAGCGUAAUAUGCUGUUAGUUGGCUUUAUACCCGGGCCCAAUAAUCCGAAAGACCUAGAUUCUUUCCUCUUUCCUCUUGUUAAGGAGCUAAAGGAGCUCGAGAAAGGGGUGCCGUAUGUCUGGAACGGUGCUCGGAAGACAUAUUUUACGUUAAAAGCACAUAGGGAGGUAAUUGAGAGCUGGAAAUCUUACGAUGCCGCAAAUCUGCCUAUGCGCACAGACGAGGGUUCCCGUAAGAUUGCCGACCAUGUGGUAGAGACUGGCGACGAAAAGAAUGCCAAGAAAUAUGGUAUCAAGGGUCCGAGCUGUCUCGCGGGGUUGGUGGCUAUCGACAUCCCAAGGAGCUUCCCUCCCGAUGGCAUGCAUCUUUGGUGGGAAAACGUCAUUCCAGAUCUAUUUCGCCAUUGGCGGGGGAAAUUCACUCAUGGGGCACCUGUCAGCGAGGACUCAGAACAUGCACCCGUCUACGAUGCUGAUACUGAAUCCGAUCCGGAAGAGCGCCCCGCUUCUCAACACCGCCGGGGAACUGAAUCUGCUUACCCAGAAGAGAACAUUGGAUCCCAACGUCGCCGGAGUGGGCGCAGGGCUGGCGUGCCAUCUGUCGCAAACAAGCGGGGCCCUGCAGAAGCCAAAAAAUUCAUCAAAACCAAUGAUGAAUAUAAUAUUGCACCGAACGAGUGGUUAAGAAUAGGAAAGGACAUGGCCAGUAGCGCAGCAACAUUUCCAGCAUCAUUUGGAGAGCCUAUUCGCGAUUUUGCCGAACAUUGCCAGCGCCUCAAAGCAGCAGAGUGGAAAAACAUCACACUUCUCAUGGCGCCUAUAUACAUGAAGGGCAGACUGCCGGACGUGGACUACAUUGAGUUCCUCAACUUGAUCGAUGCCGUGCGCCUCUCCGUAGAUAAUAUGAUAGCCGAAGGGGAGAUUCCUGUGAUAGAACAGCGUCUACGGAGGUUUGUACAUUAUUACGAGAAUCGAUACUAUGGGAGGUCUUGGGAAAGGCUCUCAUCAUGCCUGCCGGUAAUUCACCAGGUGCUACACGUAGCUCAAGCGAUUCGCUGGCUGGGCCCCAUGUACGUAUACUCCCAAUGGCCGAUGGAAAGAGUCUGUGGGAUGAUAGCAGCGUCCGCAAAGUCCAGAGUAUGUGCAAAUAGAAACAUGGGUUUGACGAUGCUAUUGAACGAGCAGCGGAAUCAUAUACCCUACGUAUUACCACAGAAUAUUUUUAAUAUGGCAGCCGAGGCUGAGGAUGCGGACGGAGCUUUAUUAUUACACCGCCUGGUUGCAAAAAGACUAACUCGUAAUGGCCCUAUUCUUCAAAAUUCGACUGCUGGGGGGCUACGUCCCCCACAAAGAUCUGGCGUUUUAAAUAGGUGGCAGCGAGAAGCAUUACGGAGCUUUUUUUACCAGAGAUUUGAUGAUACUGCGGUGCCUUACAUAACAACUCCGAGGGACUGUAUCCGAUGGGCCUCCUUCACGUCUAAAGACCCGGCUAACAAUAUAUUCACGGUGGUCUCAUCCCAGCUGAGGCGUGGUAAUUCAACAAGAAGCUCUUCGAUGGUUCGUUAUGAGGUAUUGUCAGAUGCAACGUUAUUUAGUGGCUAUUGUGAGGUUUUGUUUUUCUUCUCGAUCAAUAGAGGCGAUAUGGUUCGUUUGAUGAAAGAUAUCGAUGUUGAUGUCGGUGAAGAACAGAAUAUUCCGCUGUACUUCGCCUACAUCGAGCCGAUUGAGGCGGUAUUAGAGGACAGACUUCUUCGAAAGGUUGGCGUAGGCUCCAAGGAAGUCAUUGAGGUCACCCAAAUUCGCCAGCUCAUUGGGAUUAUAAAAAAACGAUAG